UCCAAAAAAAGUCUGGAUCUAUUGAAAUUUUUUGUUCCUAUUGAAUCCGAAUAUUCAAAGGUCUCCAAAUAUUUACUAACCGUUAAGUCCAGGCUAACCUGGCCCAGAUCUAUUCAAAUUUUUUCCAAAUUUACUUUAAUAUCUUGUUUGUUCCGUGUCCACAAUCCAGCGAAUUUUUGAUUUAUGGGAGAGAUUUUGCGCGAUGGGAAGGGGAGGAAUUACUAUCUUAAAUUCGAAACAACAAAAACAACAAAAAAUGAUACUUCCUAAAACAGAAGGAAAACACAAAAUUUUAACAAAAAAAUUGACUGAUGUAUUAGAUAAUCGUCCUUUAAAUAAAACUUUUACUAUAGCCAAAAGUUCGAAUAAUAUAAAUAAUGAAGAUGAUAAAUUUAACAGAAAAAGAAGUAACAGUUUUGAUUCGGAUUUUGUUGAUUUUGGAAAAGGUGGAACAUUAAGAAUAAGAGUAGAAAAAACUUGUUUUGCAAUGGAUUGGGGAAGUAAAGAAUUAUUAAAAGGAAGAAAAUCAGGGAAUAAUAUUAGUCCAAAUAAUUCAAAACAAAAUAAAGAAAAAUUAGAAAGAAGAGAAUUAAAUAAAAAUAAAGAUUCUAAUACUCCAAAAUUGCCAUCUUUGGAAGGAUUUUUGCCUGGAAGGACUUGCUGUCAAUUACAAUUUUGUAGAUUUUCUAAUUUGGAGUUGCUUAAAUACAAGAGGAAUUUAAUGAAUUAA